AUGGCGGAUGCGGCGAUAGCAGAGAAGAACAAGGGCAACGAAUUCUUCAAGGCGAAAGACUGGCCGCAGGCGAUCGAGCAUUAUGACAAAGCGAUUGGACUCGACCCCAAGCAGCCGAGCUUCUACACCAAUCGCGCCCAAGCCCACAUCAAACUCGAGGCAUACGGCUACGCGGUAGCAGAUGCGACCAAAGCGAUCGAGCUCGACCCCGAAUCCGCAAAGGCAUAUUACCGAAGAGCAGUCGCGAACACUGCGAUCCUCAAGCACGGCGAUGCCAUCCACGACUGGAAGGUGGUCGUACGGAAGAAUCCCAGCGAUCGAGUCGCAAAGGCCCAAUACGAAGCAUGUCAGAAGCUGGUCAAGAGGGAUGCGUUCCUCAAGGCCAUUGAGGUCGCCGAUGCUCCUUCAGCGGCAGAGGGGUUGGAUUUGGACUCGAUGGUAGUGGAAGAGUCGUACGAUGGCGUCAGGUUAAAGGACGAGAUGACACAAGAGUUCAUCGACGAUAUGAUCCAGCGCUUCAAGGACGGCAAGAAGCUGCACAGGAAAUACGUCUUUCAGAUUAUACUCAAGGUCAAGGAGAUUGUAUACAACGAGCCGACGAUGGUCGAGACCCACGUCGAACCAGGCCAGAAGCUUACAGUGUGCGGCGACACGCACGGACAAUACUUCGAUCUACUCAACAUCUUUGGAUUGAACGGCUUCCCGUCUCCGACACACCACUACCUCUUCAACGGAGACUUUGUCGAUCGUGGGUCGUGGUCAACAGAAAUCGCUCUACUACUCUAUGCGUACAAGUGGAUGUACCCCAACUCGUUCUUCCUCAAUCGCGGCAACCACGAGACGGACGACAUGAAUCGUAUGUAUGGCUUCGAAGGCGAAUGCAAGGCCAAGUACAACGAAAGGGUGUUCAAGCUCUUUUCAGAGUCCUUCUCGGCCCUUCCCCUUGCCACUCUCAUUGGCGAUAAGUACUUCGUGCUACAUGGCGGUCUCUUCUCCGACGACGAUACAUCUCUCGACGACAUCCGCAAACUCAACAGGCACGAUCAACGGCAACCAGGACAAUCGGGUCUGAUGAUGGAGAUGCUGUGGACUGACCCGCAGACCGCGCCAGGCCGAGGACCCUCGAAACGUGGUGUUGGCCUCCAAUUUGGCCCGGACGUAACGAAGCGAUUCUGUGACAAGAACAACCUGAAGGCCAUCAUCCGAAGUCACGAGGUGCGCAUGGAUGGGUAUGAGGUGGAACAUGACGGCAGAUGUAUCACUGUCUUCUCCGCGCCAAAGUACUGCGAUUCGACGGAGAACAAGGGCGCGUACAUCAACAUCGAAUCAGACUACGAGCUGCAGUACAACCAAUUCGAUGCGGUGCCGCAUCCUGAUAUCAAGCCAAUGGUAAGUCUUUAGUCCUCCGACAUGACGUUUUCGCUUUCGCUAAUUUGGCCCAGGCUUAUGCCAACAACGGCAUGAUGAGUAUGAUGGGCAUGUAA